ACUCGUUGGUGUUCUGUGUUUGGCAAUGGGCUGCAUUCUCUAUGGGGAAUUUCCAUCAAAAUCGCUUCUAUCCCUUUAUAGUGAGUGGAUUAAUGUGGCUCAUGGACUGGCUUUAAGUGGACUUCUUCUUUAAACUGGAAUACAGUUUCUAAAAUUUGCAGCUCGUAGUCAAGGUUUUCAACCCCCCCCCCGGGUUGUUUGAUGUUUCAAAUUAGCUCCUGCACAUGAAUGCCGUGAAAGGCAUGUUCAGGUAGAGGAUGACAAACAGGUAAGACUGGGUCACACGGCCCGGCUGACGUGCGUUGUGGGUGCGGUGCAGACGUGACUCGUGUGGCGAGUCUUCGCAGCCUUUUUUUGCCGCGUUUCUGUACCCAGACAGCGGGCAGUGACUGCAGAAGGGGCCUGUAUGCUGUGUGACUUCACUGUGCAUUUCGAGCUAUUUCAGGGACUCAGGCCGAUGCCUCACAUCCCCUCUUCCCUGCCUGUGUCCCGUAUCCCUUCUCAGGAUGCCAGGAAAUGCUUGUUCACUGGUCUGGUAGCGCAAUGAGUGUAUAGGGGCACAUAUGGUGGUGUGUUUUGGAGCUAUGAGUCAUGAUGCAGUUUUUUGGAAGAGCUGACGUCUUCCCGUGGCAGGAGGCCAAAGCUCUGCGUCUGGGGAAAAGCGCUCCACUUUGGUGACAGUCUGGCGGAAUGAGAACACUCACCACAUGGAGGAACGUCAAACUAAUUCCACGUGACGUGUAACCAUGUAACAUCUUGGCUGGGGUGCUCUCUGCCCUGGUUGACCUGAGGCCCAGUGGAUGCAGUGUCAUGUUUUUUUGGAUGUAUGAGAGCCAUGUUUUGGGGGGGGGGGGGGGUGGAAAAACAAUCAGUACGAUAGGCCUUCCUGGGAAACACACUGGCAACAAAGGGCACUGCCGCCAUCCAGUCUAGCAGAACCUUCAGCUGCUGUGCUUCAUUUGUUCAAUGUCUUAUCUCGCCAAAGCCAUUGUCCAUUUUCACCGCUAGCAGUCCUGUUUUUUCGACACUUUGUGUGUCUUUUCUGUGACAUUGACACUUUAUGACUGAGCAUCAGUGACCGACUCAGUGCAUUUCGUAAAUCUACCUGAGGUCCUCAUCAGCUGGUUCCGAAAAUUCUCGACAGACGUCCAAAAUCAGGAUAAAUUGUCCUUCACUGUGGACACUGGAAGUAAGAAAAGAAUCCAUCAUUAGAUUGUUUCGCUUACGUAAAAUUCAAAACGGCUUAAUGCAUUUAUACCGUUGGAUGUUUUUACCAUCACAGUCCAAAAUGGGUUCCCACCCCUGUGCCUGAGCCAACAAUGUUCAGGUUUAUGUCUCUAAACCACUGGCGUGCGAAAUGUACAAAAAUUUAAUAAAAACAAAUAAUAAAAUAAACAAGGCAACACUACAAGUUAUGGAAAAUACUGAUGUUACCUUAGAUUUGUUAUUGGAAGGCGGGCCAAUCAUUUGGCGGGCCAAUCAAAAAUCCCUGGGUGGCUAAAAGCUGUUAAAUGCUCCUAAAUAAUGGCUAAGAUCGAAGAUAUGUACCUCAGACCGUAAACCCUUCAGAUCUUAGAGGACUUUGUUCCUACUAUCACUAAUCAGGCAUAAUUUCUUUGAACUCGUUGCCAUUAGCUGCUAGGCUUCCUGUGUAGCUCGGUCACUGCUGACAGUCAUCGUGCCAUUUAACGGCCGGGAAAGCGGAGGGAAGAGGGCACCCAAUCAGGACUUUGAUAAUUCAUCCCGUCUAGGAAGUGAAAGCAACAUUAAAAAACAAACUGUGUGUUUGGGUUGAGGGCCAUGAGCAGGAUUUGGCCUAAUAAUUGUUUUUAUUUUCCAUGGCCAGAUCUGGCAGAGAUCAUUAGGUAUCGCUGUCAUUGUGGCUUCAUAACAAGGCCUGCUAAUGGAGGAGGUGCACUCUGAUGUGUGGAAGGCGCACUACAUUUCUGGUGCUGUGUUACUCUGCCCCCCAGCAAGCCUGGUCAGUGAUCUUUCCCUUGUUAAAGAUAAAAUUACAGUGCUUAUUACCCCAAACAUUACCCAGGCUCUGAAGUGUUGAUUUGGCAGAACGUGUUUAACGAUAUCACUAGGACAACUUAACGAUAUUACUAGAACUAUUUUCCAAAUGACAAGUUUCAGGGGAUAUUGAGGCUCCUUUCAUACAAAUCACAUAAUAGCAUUGUGCGAUUGCACUGAUUAUAGUCGAAAUGCUCUAAAAACGUUCUAAUGUCACUUUAAUGUAACUUCAAGAAGAGAGCAACGCAUAUAAUAAUAAAGCAAAACAGAAUAAUAGAUAGAACAUAAUAUUCCCUUAACAGCCCACUGGAGGGCAAUACAAUUCGCCCCUCGGGGUACGUUACCGGGGGAUUUCCCUCUUAAUUAGAAUUUCUUUACGCUUUCUUUUAACUUUGCAUUUUUUAAGUCACUGGUGUUUCAUAACGAAAGGCGUUCCUCCUACGGGGUAUGUACUCUGCAGCUGGGUGCACUGGCUUUACGAAUACGUAGUGCUGACAGCUCUGCGGCUCUAAUGAUCCCCCCCCAAUCCCAAUACACACCCCACGUUUACUGGUCCAAGCAAUUGGGCAGAUCUGCUGCCAUGUGACCUGAAAUCGGAUCUCACUGUCACCACGGCCCCAGUCCGCGUUCAUAUCUGCGGCGAGCGGGGCAGAACUGGCCGCACUCAGGACCGGUCGCUGCCGCGUCUCCUUCGUCCCUUCAGCGUUUAAGUCCGAGCUCUGGUCACCUGCGAUCCACCUCCUGUCUGCUUGGACGGAGAGAGAAAAACCUACAUUCCUUUUUCAUUUUUCCAAGCGUAGCGAUGAACUCGAUUUUAGCGUCUGUGCUGUUUUUUGCUGGGUUUUUCUACAGAGCCACCUCUUAUCAGUUAGGCACAGAGUGCUACACGGCCAACGGUGAGGACUACAGGGGCCAGCAGAACCAGACUAGCCUCCACAAUGGUCUGCAGUGCCUCUACUGGAACGAGACUCUCCAGCACCCCUACAACAGCGUCAAGUUCCCCAACGGAGAACGGGGCUUGGGCCCACACAACUACUGCAGGAACCCCGAUGGCGACGUGGGGCCGUGGUGUUACGUUGCAGAUAAUGAGGAUGGAGUCUACUGGAAGUACUGCCAGAUUACCACCUGUGAGAUGCCUGGAAACUUUGGCUGCUUUAAGGACAACGGGGACCCGCCCACCCUGACGGGCAGCACCGAGACCUCCAACAGGCUGACCAUCCCUGGCUGCAUCAGCUACUGUAGGGCACAGAGGUACAAGCUGGCUGGCAUGGAGGCCGGAUAUGCCUGUUUCUGUGGCGACCACCUCGACUACAGCCUCCACGAGGAGAUGCCCAGCACCGAGUGCAACCACGUGUGCUUCGGAGACCACACCCAGCCGUGUGGGGGGGACGGCCGCAUCCUCAUCUUCGACACACGUGUAGGUUCCUGUGGCGGGAACUACACCUCCCCAUCAGCGGUUCUGUACUCUCCGGACUUCCCUGACCACUACCAGCCAGGUCGUGCCUGCUACUGGACCAUCCAGGUGCCAGGAGCAGAGGCCAUCCUCUUUGACUUUGCCCUCUUCGAUGUCGCGGACCGGACGGACAUGGUUGAGAUGCUGGAUGGCUACACCAACCAAGUGGUGGCCCGCUUUGACGCCGGAAACCCACCGAGGGACACCACCAACAUCAGCGCCGACUUUGUCAUUCUUUACUUCUACUCGGACAGAGCUGAGCAGGCCCGAGGCUUUGCUGUGCAGUACCAAGCGCUGCCAAGACCAGGACACGGUCCGCUGGAUCAUGAGGAGGAGGAGGAGGAGGAAGAGGAGGACACUAGCGCAGCCGACCCGGAGCAGGAGUCUGAGAGCACCACAGAGCGCUCCAACGCUAGCCUGAGCGGCCGCUCCAACCAGGUGGUCUACGUCAUCACCUCCACGCCGGGCGAGGUGGACCGCAACAUCCCAGCGUGGACCAUGUAUGCCAUGGCAGCGCUCCUGACCCUGGUCGUCAUAGCGACGGUGGCGAAAUUCUUGCUGCACAUGGCCGAGAGGUCCUCAUCCUACCCCGACCUUGCCGUAGCAGAGACCUGUGCUCAGAACACAGCCAGCGACCCCUGGGUCAUCCUGUACCGACCAUCCACCAUCUCUCUCUUCAAGAAGAAGCUAAAGAGUCACCAGAGUGACCUCAGCCCCCUGGUGAAACACUAACAGCCCUGCAAAGGACCUGCCUCCUGUUGGCCUUUUGGGGGUGGGGUUUAUACCAGAGGAAAACAAUGCAGCAUCGCACAAAGCACUUAUGGACCAAUCAGAUGUGGGAGGGGAGGGGCCAGGGCUCUCCUUGGCCCGGCACUGCUUCUGCACCGGCCACUCCAUCCCCGCCUCUUAAGCUGCUUACCCUCCUAUGAAUAUGGCCAGUGGCCGGGUCCAUUGGUUAGGAGACGCCAUUACAGGAGGAGAACGAGGCUCGUCUUCACAGUCCCCAUCGGGACAGAAAGCGCAGCGCCAGCUGCAUCUAUGGGUGACUGCAAGCGACGCCCCUUCACCUCUGCACUCAAGCCUUGCUGUCGCGCCUAGUUCUGCAGGAGGACCUUCCCGAGCCACCGCUGGGGCAUAAAUGAGCGCUGAGCAAGGGCCCAGCUUCCAGGAGGAAUUCCAUCAUCAUAUCACAUUAACUGUAGUAUGAAUCCACUUCACACAGCACUUCUGUAACUAAUAAAUUGAGCAUAUGGGCCAAAGAAACAUAUAGGUGAGUCAAAUGGCACAUUUCAAACUCUGCCAGCCCAAAAUCUGAACCCGGGAACUUCAGUACAUUAGUACCGACUUCCAACUAAUCCAGCCACCCAGCUAUUGGACUGACAGUCCUAUACCAAUCACAUGUAUAUACCAGCAAAGCCUCAUGGGAAAUGGGGGGGCGGGGUCACAUGAAAUGGUAAGAUGUUAUACAUUUUAACACAGAAUGGUAUAUUGUUCAAGCAGGGCGGCUGGCAGACGAUCAGGAUCAGAGGCGCGGCUGCAACAGCAGGGAUUUAAACAGUACGUGAAUUUUGACGCUGCACUGGCCUGCCAUGGAAAUGCC